CUGUCGCAAAACCAGCAACACUGUCGAACAGGACACAAAACAACAAGAUAAAGUCGAUAAGUGUUAUACAAUACUGAACAUGUUAAUUCCAGCAAUGUCACUUCAAAUAGAUGAUUAAUUUAAACAUCAGUCCAGUGUCAGUCCAUGUCUCUGACUGAGAAUCACAGCUGACACCUUCAUCCAGAUGGCCUCAUUCAACGGAGAAGGAAUAAACCACCUGUUAGUAGAAGUGAGUCCAGACCUUCACAUCUGCGGCUUCUGCAAACAGCAGUACAACAACUUUGAACUCUUUCUUGCGCACAAGCAAACUGGCUGCCAGAUACCCUCAAGUCAUAUAUCACCAAGAAAUGCUGGAGCCAAAGUCAAAAAGAGCAUCCCCAAAACCCAGAAGACCCCCUCCAAAAAGCUGAAACCUGCACAAACUCAAAAACGACACACAUGCACCUUCGCAGGAUGUACAUUCAAAACCCAGCAUGGCCAAAAAGACAUGGAGAGACAUUUAUUAACUCACACAGGUGAGAGGCCAUUUGAGUGUGAACUCUGUCAUAAACGCUUCAGCCGUCGUGAUAAACUGAAUCUUCACAGCCGUUUGCACACGGGAGAGAAACCGCACAAGUGUAAGUACUGCCCAUAUGCGGCGGCCGACAGCAGUAGCUUGAAGAAGCAUCUUCGUGUCCACUAUGACGAGAGACCCUUUAAGUGUCAGAUAUGCCCAUACGCCAGCCGCAAUUCCAGCCAGCUCACCGUUCACCUUCGAUCUCACACAGGUGACGCCCCAUUCCAGUGUAAUCAGUGCGACGCCAAAUUCAAGGUCAACUCCGACUUGAAGCGCCAUAGUCGGGUCCACUCCGGUGAGAAGCCUUAUAAAUGCGACCUCUGUGAGUACCGCUGUGCCAUGAAGGCCAAUUUAAAACCACACGUCGAGCUUAAACACAGCGCCAUCGACUCCUUUCGCUGCUCUGAGUGCGAAUUCCAGUGUUCCACCAAAACCUCCCUACGGCACCAUUCCCGCGAGCACCAGCCUCCCCAGCCACUACAGUGCAGCGAGUGCAGUUACUCCUGCUCCAGCAAGGGGACGCUCAAGAUCCACAAGCGGGUGCACUCGGACGAGCGGCCCUUUAAAUGUGAACACUGUUCUUUUGCGAGCAAGCAGCCCAGUAAUUUGUUAAUUCACAGGAGGAAGUGUCACGCAGAUAAGCUGGACAGACAAAAAAGGUCAGGACGGGGGGGCGGGGUUGGGGAGGAGCCGCCCAAACGAGCGAGAUUAGAGGCAACGCGAGCGUUUCGUUGUGACUUGUGCGAGGCUUCGUUCGUAAGGGAAGAUUCUCUUCGCUGCCACAAGAGACAGCAUAAUAGUAAUGCACAACAACAAAGUCUCAAUCGGGGGUCGACAGUGUCACAAACCGCUGCCAAACAGUCCGUGCAGGAUGUAGGACAAGCCAGCGUUGAAACAGACACAUCAUCAGCCUACAGCAGAACACAUCUUAACAUCAUCGUAGUGCCCUCUAUAGGACCGGAGGAAACUUUCGUCCGAGCGUCAGUGGAUGUAGCCGCCGCAAAAGUUGGAACGGUUCUGCUAAGUCCUGAAGAUCACAACGUGCUUUUGAACCCCGUCAUACAGCACGUCAGCAUGCUCACGCCUGGGCAGCACAUUGCUGCCUCAACACCAGGGGGCAGCCUAGAGCACCAGACGGUUUUACUCCCUGAAGAAAGCACCUUUCAGACAGUUGAAACUGCCACUCAGACCAGUGGUGCUACUCAAGACUUCAUCACUUCCUGCUCUGGCUCGGCUUCAGACGCCACCCACACCUUCAUCACUUCUUGUUCUGACCUUGAAAGCCUUCAUACGCUCAUUCAGGAAGGAGGAACUGAAGUUACUGUGGUAACAGAGGCGAAUCCCUCGAUCGCCACCACUAAAGAAACCCUGAACAUUGAUGGCACAUCUCAUGAUGUGUCUAAGCAAGCAGAAGAGGCCUUACCUGAAGAUACUUUAGAUAUUAGUCCACCAGGGGUCGUUCUUGUUCAAAGUCUUCCCCUGACCAUUUCAGCACAAGACCAACAAGCUAACAUAUACCAUCUUUCACCUCACCACAUAUUUUCAGACUCCAAUGCAGUUGAUAUCAGUGACGAUUCAUAGUUGCGCAAAUAAUAAAGGGAUAGUUCAAACAAAAAUGAUCAUUCUCUCAACAUCCAUUCACCCUUAUGCCAUUUCAAACUGGUUUGGUUUUCUUUCUUCUUUGGAACACGAAUAUAUUUUGAAGGAUGAAUGAGGUGGUUUUGUGAAUACAAUUUAAGUCAACGGUGUACAAAAAUAUGGAGCCCCUUAAAGGGCAGUGCAGGAUUUUUUUUUCUGAAAUAGUUUUGCAUUCGCUUGCAAUAAAUUUACCAUGGUUUUACUGUAGUCAUACUGUAGUAAUCAUAUUUUUUGGUGCAAACCAUGGCUUUACUAUAGUAGUAACUAUGGCAGUUCCGAGUUUUUUGGUGGAAAAAUGCUUUUACUAUAGUAAUAUUGUUUACUAUUGUUUACAGUGAUUCUUUGUGUCUUUUUGGAGCUUUAAAGUUUUGGACCCCAUUGACUUGCAUUGUAUGGACAGAACCACCUCAUACAGUACAUCCUUCAAAAUAUUUUCAUUGGUGUUCCGCAGGAGAAGGAAAGUCAUACAAGUUUGUUGGUUAAUGAUGAGAUUAUUGCCAUUUUUGUGUGAACUAUUCCUUUAACACAAUUUGACUUUGAUAUCAUUGCAUUUGUUAAAGUUGAAUAAUUUGUGUCUAUGUUGAAAGAGUCAGAGUAAGUUGUUUUUUCUGUUUUUGAGAAGAAAUGAAAGGUUUCUUUCCUGUUGUUUGUAACUUCCACAGAAGUUUCAUAUUUAAGUUACGCAUCAAACCAAAUGAUGACCUUUCCAGUUUUAUAUUUUAUAUUGAAAUAAAUGUGUUCCCCAUUUUCAUUGA